AAUUGGAAUCGACGACAGAACCCUUUGCAUCCUUGCCGAAUUGCCGACCUGCUCGUUCAACUUGCAUAGUAGACGCAGUGGCACAUUUCCCAUACCAGUCAAGUCGUUCUUAACUCUCUUUAAUCACUUCAAGUCCGACGACGAAACAACACCCCGCUCGCCAUGGCAGGCUUCGACCUAGCCAACCUGGACAGGUCCGCGUUACAACAACGUAUCGCCCUACACGAGCAACAUGAAGACUCGCUCGGCAGCCUUCCCGAUCUGAUCGACGAGAGCAAUUCAUCUUACCCGGCCACGACGAGCGGGGCGAAUACUACGAGUGAAGGGGAGAGUUCUAAGGAUGAGAUCGGGAGGAGGGAUAGGGGAAAGGAGAAUCAGAGUCCGACCGUAGGAAAUGUGUCCGAAAAGUCGCUAGGAGGCAAGACCGAGAACUUUGUCACGCCGAUGCUUCGGAAGACCCUCCACGCGACCAGCCCGCAAGAACAGACCUUCACCCCACCCUCCCAUCGAUCUUACAUCGUCCCCCUCAAUGAUGGUGAUACUUCAGGCUCCUCUUCUUCCUUUUCCGCAGGGAACGGUCCUAUCACCUCUACUCCCGUUAGCUAUCGCCCCUUCCGCCGAUCUCCGCUGAACGAAAGCGCCGGGAGUACAGGCCCAGGGGAAGGAUCCUCGAGUGGGGGGAUGUUGUCCUCGAUAUCUACCAUCCGACCUGCUCUAUCCGCACGGCGGGCACUCCGGUCUCCCCCGCCCGGGUCAGACAACAUGAGCGCUGGGACACCGGCCGAAUCGGCCCAGACGAGGAGGUUCGCUUCGUCCUUGAGCCGCCGCACGAGGGAGAAAUCAGGGUCAGGGUUGGGAUCGUUCGCACAGGACGUCUCGUUGAUGGACGAAAGGAGCUUGUCGAUCGCUACUAUUCAACAUGUGGGAGAUAGGCAGGAAGGAGAAGAAGAUUACGGUUUCGAUUCGAGGGAGUUGCCUGAUUCGCGCGAAGGGAGCUUGAACGAUUUGCCAGACGAGGCGUCUAGACAAUCAUCGCCGGCCCUCCGAGGUAACUGGGUGGACACGAGGAAACGAUACUCUCGAGCUCCUCGUCACACUUCGACUUCGCCUUUGGGCAGCCCGGAACCGGUCGAGCUCCGCAACUUGCCUUCCCCCUUGCGGGACGAUCAGAGCGUCAGUUCCGCCGGGUUCAGGCGGCCGGAAUCGACUGUCGAGGAUGAAGAUUCUAGAGAGAUGAGAUCGACCACGCCGCAAGAGGAUGUGCCUCGUGUGCCUUCCCUUUCGAAAACAGAAGCGGACGGUAGUGAUGAAGAUUCGGGAGAGUUUAGGCGAGCGACCGAGACUCCAGUAGAACAGCAAGACGACGGGAAUCUCCAGAUCACCACGCCCGGCAGGGUUUCGAUGAGGAGCAGCGUCAGCUUCGGGGUUGGAAUGACUCCCGGUGGACUUGGCGUUGUGGACGAGGAAGGGGAAAGUAUGGAGAUGGUCGAUGACGACGAUGAUCUGAGCCUGGACCUCAGUGGAAUGCCGCAAGAGGCCUCUUCUAGACAAACCAUGCGGAGGGUGUCGUCCCAUCAGGAACUGACGACUCCAAUGGCUGCCAACAAGAUGGCAGAUCUCACGGCGGCCACGUCGAGCAGUCAAUUUACCACCCCUGGAGCUGCUAGGCACUUGUCGAGACAUGCAUCUCCUAUGGACCGUUCGUACGGAGGCGACCUCGACCGGGAUCUCAGGGACGAGGAUAGCGUCGAGGCGAGUCUUCCUGACCUUGAUCAAAGUCGGAUGUCCAAGGCGGAUGUGGGGACUACGCCGAAAGCCGCCUUGCCUAGGAGGUUCAUGAGCCAGUCGCCUGCGCCAUCGGCCGCUGGAGGGGUAGAGAAGAGCUUUAUGCAGGACUACGUCCGGACCGCUCUCGAAACUAGCGUUCGCAAAUCGACAGUAUCUAUGAACGUGUCACACGCGAGGCAGAGCUUGGGGAUGAGCGUUACCCGACCGAACAAUAGGUGGAGCUCAGGAAGCAGGUCGAGCACGACAUCAGGAUCCGGGCGUGACGAGCUGAUCGCCACGCCCGAGCUUGGGCAAGACGAGCAUGAACCUAGCGGGAUCAGUUUCAGGAUGGACCAUUCGCUCGCCCGUAGCAUGCAGAGGAGCGUGAUCGGACCGUUUCACAGGCGGUUGAUGGAGACUCGAGGCAACUUGAGCGCGAGCGUCUUGCGUGGAGGGGAUUCGGAUGAGGGGGCGAGCAACCAGUCGUUCGUCUCGAUCGCUUCCUCGGCGGACCUCACUUCGGACAAGCGAGGGGCCACGUCUAGGUCGAAGGGGAACACAUCGUUGCCUACUAUCGGACUGGACGAUAUCGGCACGCACGAAGACCGGGCCCAGGCGCCCAAGAUUGCUCGACAUUUGCACCACAUGAACGAGCAGUUGACGGCUGAGAACCAGCGGUUGACGGAAGAGAUGAAUCUGCUUCGGGAUCAGUUGCAACAGGCGGACUGGGAGAGGGAUGAACGGGAAACUCGGGAGACCGGUUCGAGCUCUGUCUCCCUGGACCGGUCGAAGGCGGACUCUUCGUUCGUCAGGUCGACAGGCGCGCGGAACGAGCAGGUCAUCCGUCUGCAAGAACAGGUUGGCGAGUUGGAGCAGACGCUUCGGAAGACUGAGGAUGAGUAUGCCCAGUUCAAGCACGAGACCGAGCUCAAGGCAGCGGCGGCGUCGAACGGCUCGGAUAAUGCCAAAAUUAAAGAACUGGAGGACGAGCUCGAUCUUCAGAGCCAGCUGCUCAGGGAGCAUGAAGAUGAAGCUGACAGGCUGCGGGAAGAACUGAAGGAUGUGAAGGAGGCGAACAAGGUUCCGCACGAGGAGAUGGUCGAAGCUCUUGACCUCGCUGCGACCAAAGAACGUGAACUCUCUCAACAGGUCCAAAACCUGCAAUGGGAAAAGGCCGCUGUCGAGCAAGAAAAGGAACGGCUCAGGCAAGUUCUCGAGAGCCCCGACGCGGACGAAAAGGAGCGAGCUCUUCAGGCUCAGGUUGGGGAUCUUGAGAGGCAGGUCCAACGAUUGGGGGAUGAAAUUGCACGACGUGAAGCCAAAAUCGCCGACUUGGAAGACGAAGUCGAAAAGGCUCGGAAUGAGGUUAUCGAUCGCGACGAGCAGUUGUCGGCUCGCGAGACCGAGAUGGAUCACUUGCAGCAGCGACUUCGGGCUGAAGAGGACGCCAAGAUCAACGCAGAAGCCGCUCUCACCGACGUAGAAGAAAGCAACGGGGCCGAGCUUGAGCGGCUGACUCGAGACCUAGACGCAUGCAAGAUUGAACUCGAGCAGUGCUACAGGAAUCUCGAUGACUGCGAGCUCGCGCUGCAAGAGGAAGGUGACGACAAGAAGCAGAUACGGGAAGCUAAAGCCCUGGUGGACGCGGCUUCGCUGGAGCAGCAAGCGACCAUUGCAGAGCUCGAGGAUCAGUUGGCUUCGGCGAGACGCGCAACGGACGACAAGGCCACCUCUGUAGCCGACAUACAAGCCAAGUUGAACACUGUUGAAGCCGCGUUGAGCGCAUCCAAGACUACAAUUGCCGCCUUGGAAGCCGAAUUAGCCGGACAAAGUCCUUCGAGGGCGAGCACGACCUCAUUCAUCGACAGGCUUUCGUCUUUGCGAGCCCGAGAAGAUGCUACCAUCAUCGACUCGCUCAAGACCCGCUUGUCUCACGCUCAAGCCGAAGUUCUUGAGCUUCAGCAUGCCAGACUCGAGUCGAGCCCCGCACAAGAAGCCAUUGUUGCUGCUCGCGACGCCAAGAUUGACGCCUUGGUCAUUGAAAAGCAGGAACUGCAAGAGGAAUUGCGAGUCACCCAGGCUCGUCUGGCCGAUCCGGAAACUACACCUGGGCCUAUGCGGACUACUGCUUCUAUGAUGGGAUCGCCUGCCCCGCGGUCUUCCCUCUUCAACAAGCAUCUCGCUAACCUCAAGAUGCCUCGUACACCCGCAACCCCUGGAACGAUGCCAGAAUUCUCAUUCCUGAACCGAUCCAUGUCCGAGGAUGACACGGAGAAGAGCAUGGUCGAGCGAUAUCACGAACUUCAGAUCGAGCUGCAGGAGGCCCAGAAACGCUUCGACGGCAACUUCGAACGACUGGAAAGGGCAAACUUGACCACCUUCCAAAUGGCGGACCGCCUUGCUGUCGAAACGGAAAGGGUCGUCGCACUCGAGAAGAACGUGCUGGAAUUCCGAAAGCGAUUCGACACGGUUACACAGCGUUUGGAGCGGGUUAAAUGUCCCGACUGCGAAGUACAGUUUGAUGCCAGCAAAUUCGCUGACCUCGACCGGAGCGAGACUUCCCUGCUGGAUCUCACCCCUCGUCCGAGAACGGCCCAGCGCGACGAGCUCAAGGAGACCAUCGCAUCCCUCCGGUCUCAAUAUACCAUCCUGCAAGAGCAGGUCAGGGUCGACAGGGAACGGGUCCGGGAACAGGAGCAGGAGAUAGCGCGUUUGCAGCGGAAUGCCAAGAUGGCCGAGCAAGCCGCCACGACCGCCUUGAGACAAGCAGAGGCUGACCACGAUCGACAAUCCGCCGCCUUGCGACGAGAGAAACAGUCUCUCGAGACCGAACGAAAGUUGCUCCAAGCAAAAUUCGAACGUACGGAGAACACUUUGCGCGAGACGCAAACCCAAGUGCGCAAGGUGCAACAACAGCUGCGCGAGACCCGAACGCAACUUCAAGAGACCGAGAGCAAAUGCCGCUCUAUCGAGGCCGAGCAUGGUCUUGCGAAAGAGGAUAUCGCACGCAUCUCGAAACGUCUUGUUGAGACAGAACAGAGCAACUCAAGGAUGGCAGCCGAAACACAAGCUCGAGCCCGCAAGGAACGAGACGAAUUGACUUCCGCCAAAGCAAAGCUCGAAGCUGAACAAAGGCGCUUGACGGAAGCUUUGACUGAUAGACAAAGCGAUUACGAGGCUACGAAGGCCCAGCUCCAGGAAAAGUCCAAAGCUUUGGCGAGAGCCGAAUCCAAGCUCGAAGCCAGGGCGGAUAACUCUACGGAGCUCCGACAGGAGCUCAAACAGGUCGAAGCUUCUCUGUACAGACACAAAUGCGAAGCUGAGAAGUUCAGUCAAGCGGUCCAAGCUCUGCAAGCCGAUAGCAACAAGAUGGCCGCAGAUGCGGUAGAGAUGCAAACCUUGCGAAGCGAGCGAGCUUCCGCGGAUUCGAUGAUCAAAUCUCUCGAGGAGGAGAUUCGCAGGCUGGUCGGCCAGUUCCGCCAGAGUGAACGAGAGACCCUGGCUUUGAUCGCCUCCAUGGGCUAUCCCUCAACCAUCAAGUCGGAGACCCCUGUCAAGCGCUCUUUCAAGGCAGUUGCACUCGCUGUCCGCUCUACCAUCAGAAUGAAACGAGCUGCUUCAAUUUGGUCCAGCGAAGUCGCCCAACGAGAUCGUAUGCUUCAAGGACAUCAGUCCGCGAGAGAACCCAGAACCAGAACGACGAGCCUGAAUUAGAUCUUGCUCUUACGACCGAACAUCUUGAACUGAUAAAUCGUUGUACCUGUAAUCACCUUCACUCGCUCUUGACGACCCAGUACGCUCUUAUACAUAAUGAAUGGCAUUUGGCUUGGUGAAUGCUCGCUGCUUGCUAUAUGGG